AUGUCAAACAUCAAAUACCGAAAGAAAACGCCAAAGCUAUUCACCAACGAUCUCAAGUCACUGUUGUAUGCGUACGGUGAUGUUACCACGCCGAAUCUGGACACUGCUUUUGCACUAGAGGACAUUUUGGUCGAGUAUCUGGUAGAUGUGUGCCAUGAGGCCCAGAUUGCAGCGAAAUUGCAGCGGCGGAACAAGGUGAAGGUUGAAGACUUCAAGUUUGCGAUACGCAAGGACCCGGCUAAGCUAGGCAGAGUCAACGAGUUGUUGGUGAUGCAACGGGAUAUCAACGAGGCGAGAAAGGCUUUUGAUGAUAGCGAAGGCAAAAAAAUCAAGAAGGACGAAAAGGAGCCGAAAGAGAAGAAAGAGAAGAAAAAGAAGAAGGACGAGCGAAGAGACGAUUAA